CGAUGGUCUCAGGAAGCAGCGGUUCUUAUUUUAUAUUUUCUUGGGAUAAAGACUGUGGAAGCGCAGGAUUUGGGGAGCAGGGGCUCAGAUGAAGACACUUGAAUACUGUCUUUUUUAUUUCAGGUUCAACUGUGUCAGCGUCAGUAGACUUUUGUUAUUAUGUGGCGUUGAUAUCGGCGAUGUUUACUGUUCACCCUGAUAGGUUCUUCUGACGGAUAGCCAAUAACUGGUGCCUCCAGCCUCGAACUGCCUAAAUAUUAGGUAGAAAAGGUGGAAACGUAAUUACAGAUUUUAUAUUUUUCUUCUGGAUAGUGGGCCGGCGCCACGCCAAUAUUUGACUCUGGAGCAGGACACGGAGGAUAGUGUGGCCAUGACGGGAGGGACGGCAGCUGCCCUUCCCAUGAGCAACCACACCCGGGAGAGGGUGACUGUGGCCAAGCUGACUCUGGAAAACUUCUACAGCACCCUGCUCACGCAGCACGAGGAGCGCGAGAUGAGGCAGAAGAAACUUGAAAAGGCCAUGGAAGAGGAGGGUUUACCUGACGAGGAGAAAGUCAUGCGGCGCUCGCAGCAUGCCCGUAAAGAGACUGAGUUUCUCCGACUGAAGAGGACGAGACUUGGCUUGGAUGACUUUGAAUCACUUAAGGUUAUUGGACGAGGUGCUUUUGGAGAGGUUCGUUUGGUACAGAAAAAAGACACAGGACACAUUUACGCCAUGAAGAUUUUGAGGAAAGCAGACAUGCUGGAAAAGGAGCAGGUGGCUCAUAUUCGAGCAGAGAGGGACAUUCUGGUGGAGGCAGACAGCGCUUGGGUGGUCAAGAUGUUCUACAGCUUCCAGGACAAGAGGAACCUCUACCUCAUCAUGGAGUUCCUGCCUGGAGGUGACAUGAUGACUCUGCUGAUGAAGAAGGACACUUUGUCUGAAGAGGCCACACAGUUCUACAUCGCAGAGACUGUCCUGGCCAUCGACUCCAUCCACCAGCUGGGCUUCAUCCAUAGAGACAUCAAACCAGACAACUUGCUGCUGGACUCCAGGGGUCAUGUGAAACUAUCCGAUUUUGGUCUGUGUACUGGUCUGAAGAAGGCUCAUCGCACUGAAUUUUAUAGGAACCUGACACACAACCCACCCAGUGAUUUCUCAUUUCAAAACAUGAACUCUAAGAGGAAAGCAGAAACCUGGAAGAAAAACAGGAGACAGCUGGCCUAUUCCACUGUGGGAACACCGGACUACAUUGCUCCUGAAGUUUUCAUGCAGACGGGGUACAACAAACUGUGUGACUGGUGGUCUCUGGGUGUAAUUAUGUAUGAAAUGCUCAUUGGUUAUCCACCCUUUUGUUCAGAGACUCCGCAGGAGACGUACAGGAAGGUUAUGAACUGGAAGGAAACUCUCGUCUUCCCACCUGAAGUUCCCAUCUCAGAGAGGGCUAAAGACCUGAUAUUAAGAUAUUGCACCGAUGCAGAGAAUCGCAUUGGAGCUGUGAGCGUGGAGGAGAUAAAGAGUCAUCUCUUCUUUGAGUCAGUAGACUGGGAGCACAUCAGGGAGCGGCCAGCAGCCAUUUCUAUUGAGAUCAAAAGUAUUGAUGACACGUCAAACUUUGACGAUUUCCCUGAAUCGGACAUUCUUCAGCCAGCCAAUGCAACCGAGCCAGACUUCAAGUCAAAGGACUGGGUGUUCCUCAACUACACAUACAAACGCUUCGAGGGUCUGACUCAGCGAGGCACCAUCCCCACAUACAUGAAGGCAGGAAAGGCCUGACAUGCCAAACGGGGAGGCAGCGCUGCAGAGAAAAAUACAGACGUUUACGGACACAGGGUCGGGCCACAGAGCCCCCGCUGGUGCUGAAGGCUGCACUGUCAGCCUCUCAGUUUAAAUUUAACCCUCAUCACAAGUUAUUUAGGUCUGCUCAGCCGCCACAAGAACGCCAAGAGCUCAGAAAUUAAGGAGCAUUACCGCAUUACCUCAGUUGUUUGAAUCAUAUGUGCCGUCUUUAGCCAUAGCUCUCAGGCCAGCUCACCAACUAGGACACUAAAUCAGGAUAUUUGCAUGUUCAGCAGCAUUUUGCUUCUGGAGAUGAAUUUAUUUGUUUUUAUUUUACUGCCGGAGCAUGACAGUGGGUAUGAGGCUUGAAUACGAAUCACUGCUUUAACUUCCUACACCGGUAGUUAAAUUAGCUGAAACUGUUGUUGGGAGCUAACUUUAUACACUGUAGUCAGAGUCUGGUUGAUUGAUAAGAACAGAAACGCCUCACCGGUUUUAAUACGUAAGCUGUUGUAAUGUAAGGAAAGUUCCAGCAUGAUUUCUAGUGUUUUUGUUGACUUUUCACUUUGUAUUUAAGAGUCUGGGUAAGUUUAAGAAAGAAAAACUGAUCUCCUCUUCAUUGGCAUAAGUAUUAUUACUAUAUUAUUAUUAUUUAAGAUUAUUUGUUGUAUUUAAAAGUAGGAAAAACUAUUAAAAUUAAGCUCAGGAUGGGACUAUUUAAAGGUAAAAGUAACUGUUUCCACUGUUAGGCUGAAUAGUUCAGGUUUUCCUUUUAAUUCCUCAACCAUCUCUAACUUUGUAUCAAAAGACAACAAAUGGAAAUACUGCUGGUGCAAUUUCUUGUCAACAACAAUGCUAACGUACCAUAGUAAAAACCUGGUUCCCAUAAAAAAAGGUAAGAAUAUUUAGGUUUACAGAACUGAAUGCUCUGAGUAUAUCAUAUGGUUAUUAAACCAGGCUUUUUGACACAUUUGUGCUAAUGCCAGCUCAGUUCAGCUAUAUUUUUUCAGCAACAUAAGUUUCACUUUCAUGGAGCAUCAUCAUUAGCUCUAAAGUUGUAGUCCUCAGUAGUGGAGUUUUACUGUACAUACAAGCAGUGGGUGAUACUUUUUACUGCAUGUCACUCCUCAAAUCUCUCGUUGCUUCCUGUUUAUCUUCACUACCUCUGUCAAUACAAAAUAUCCAAAACACUGUAAAUAUUUGGAAACAUAUAAAGAAAUCAACUAUUACUUUUAAAACUAAUAACCACCUAGCUAAAUUUUAGCAUGCCAGCAUUAUUGCUAUAAAAAUAUUAGCUUCUGGAUUUUAGCAUUUAGCUCCACAUUUGUGCCAUCAUUUUUUUUUUCACACUGGCUAAAUUAAGCUUUUUGCCUUUUUUCUUAUGUAACUUUUUGACUUUGCUAACCCGAGUGUUAAAAAUGGGUGAUAACAUUAAAGGGGAUAAAUUAUCCAACACAAAUUAGCAAACGCUUAAAUCAUGCUGGAAUCGUUCUUUAAACCUCAUGGCAGUGAGCCACAUUCUUUACAGAAGUUUAUUGGGAUAACUUCCCGUGAAUAGUGGGUUUUGUUACAGAGAAACAUGUUGCCAGGAAACUUCUAAAUGCAAUUUACCCUGUGUGUGACGUCGGUAUUGGUGGAUUGUUGCUCAUUCACAUUGCCAAACAAACUCUUGUGUGUGUCCCUUCAGAGCCAGUUGUUGCUACAUUAAUCUGAUUUUUGCCUCAUUACUUCAUUUUCAAAUGGACUAAACAUGCAAAGUGCCUUUAUAAGUAGCUGAUAAAUAUUCAACCAGAUGUUUAGCUGUAGUUUAAUUAGAAGACAUUCAUUGAAAUUAGAUUAAUAUGAGGGUGAGUGACUGGAGAGGUGGAUGGAUAAAGAAAAAAGGGAAUAUAAGUUACAGUUAUGUCUGACAUCAAAUAUAAACCCUGAUGUCAGUUAUAUUCGAUGUCUGCAGAGCUGUAAAGCUUACGAGAAGUGAUAUGGAACAAAGGCAGUAUAGAUAAGAUAAAAUAUAAGGCUCAUAAAAACAAACCGUCAAAAAAUGAACAGUGUGUCUUUGUUCGGUGAAACUAAAUGAUUAUGAGAAAAGAAUAGAUGGAUCUCUUAUUUCUUUAAUGUUUUACUUCAUUUUUAGCUAAAGUAUCGUGUAUGGAUUUGAUGUUUCUCUUUUUCGCACUCAUUUAAAAAAAAAAAAGUUUCACCUAUCCUUGUAAAAAGUCAAACCAUUUAACCGUCAUGUCUGCUUGGAGUCAUGACUCAGCAAAGCGCUACAAAGAGUUACCAAAGAACUCUAAUCAUCAUGAUCUGAACACAGAUUCAGAUGUAGCUGUUGCUUACUGCACUUAACAUUAAACUACCUUUAAGAGAAAAAAAAAAUCCAAUAGUGGUAAACUCGGUUGUGGAAUAAUUUGCCAUUUCUUUUUCUAUAUAUGUGCAAAAAUGAGGGUGCAGAGAGAUGUUUCUCAGUUGGGUUCUUAAUGCUGAGUCAUACAUGUACAUACAGGAGCAGAAGCUGAGUCAGGCCGUGGCCAUCCCAGGAGUCCGUCAUCUGUUUGUGGUGCUAUUUCUGAAGGUUGAUCAGUUAGAGCCGAUGACUUUAAACCCAUGCCAGAUCGUUUUUGUUUUUUUCUGUCUGAGCUUAAGUGAUUUGAAAACCUAUUGGAGAUUUACACACCAAACAAACUGGUUAACUAGUAGGAUUUUAAGGGCAGAAACUUGUAUAUUUCUGUAUUAUUUAUGCGGUUCAUGUUUUUUAAACAUGUUCAUUGGCUUUGUUGCUUAUAUUCUUCGUUUUUAGACAUAAUUUGAAGUUAAAACUUAAAGAUGCACUGCUAUUCUGCAUCAGAGGCUGAGAUUUACUGAGUUUUAGGUCCUGUGGGAAAAUGCUCCAAUAGGAUGGAAUUCUGUAUUUCCCAGGAUGCAUAUAUAUGGCUUCCAAUACGUUCUCCCCGUCUGGUGAAUGCCCACGUCUUCCAAACUCCCCCACAGCCUGUUUGUAAAGUUUCUGUUAAAAAAAGUAGUAAAUUCAAGCUGGGUGACAUCACUGUGACAUCAUCAGUGUUACUUUAGGAGUGUCCAGUGCAGCAUUAUACAUUACUUGGUCCUGCUUAGGAUGAAUAUAUUGAGUUUUGUGUGUGAAACUGAUAGAUUCCCCUUUUAAUCACAGUAAGAAAAGGCCUUGAAACAUACCCCACACAAUCUGCAUACUAUCAGAUAAAACAACCCUUUUGGCCUGUAACUGAUUUAAAUGAUCGUGUCUGAUCUGAAGCUAUGAUCAGCAGUGGCCCUACUGUAGGACAGCAGCAGCUCAGAUGCAUGAUGGGGGAUUACGCUGAUGGCCGGCGAUCUGCAGAUGCAGAUUCACGGUUGUGUCUUAUCCCUGGAACACAGUGACAACUCAGAAACUGCUGCAUUCAGAGCCGACCAGAGAUGAAUCAUGAGUGUUUGAGUGUGAAACUGCAAGUGAGGAAGAUGAUAUUUUCAUGAAGUAGAUCCGCUUUUGUGCUGUGAGGUGUCACAUCUGUGUUUGGUAACAGGAAAUUACCACAAUUUUAUUUUUUAUGGAGCUAAAAAUGGAGGGUGGAUAUAAUAUUUGGCAUCCAUACAUUUCUUUCUUUAUACACACACAUAUGAGAUGACUUGAAACCCAUUACUGUGUCACUUUAUCUAAAGAGAUAUAAAUUAUUGUGACUUAUUUUCCACACACUAGCAAAGGAAUUCAGGAAAUGUUUAACUUUUCUCAUGUUGUAAAGCUAGACAAUUCAUUUGUGAUGGACCAAACCAGCUUACUGACGCAGCCUGCGUGUUGUUAGGCAGAUCACUGUCAUGUAAUAUUUCAAAGUGACUGAAAUAUUACACUUUAACAAAGAGAGCAGGGAAUAGUGUAUAUAUCCUAUUUAAGUGAUCUAUUCUAAUUUGGAAAUGCCCCAUAGUUCCACUUUUAGUGGAAAUUCAGUCUCUGUGAACUGUCCUCCACAGGUCAGGACUAUGUUGUGAGGUAUUUUGUGUAUUGAUGCGUACAUAAUGUUGUAGACACUUGAAGGCAACUGUCUUUGGAGUGAAGGAGGAAAUGCUCAUUAAUAUAUUCAUUCACGUUGGUGAGUUUUUCUGUUGAUAAUGCUGAAAAAUAAAAACCAUGAAAAAAGUAAA